AUGCCGCUUUUUGCGCAGUCGCCCACCAGUGGUGAGCCGUACGUGCUGGCUGCCAGUCUGGACAAGGCCUGCCACAUCUCCAGCCUCCUCAGAGCUGUCCACUUCCAGGACCACACCACCUGCUUCGCCAUGGCCAAUGGCCUCAGGGUGACGGUGGAGGACACCAAAUGCAUCCAGGCUAAUGCCUUCAUCCAGGCAGAAAUUCUUCAGGAAUUUGCUGCUCAGGAGGAAUCAGUGAUGUUCUGGAUCAAUUUGUCUGUUCUUCUCAACUGCUUGACCAUUUUUGGUAUCAGUUCUUUGCCAGGAACAUCAACAGCCCUUAGGAUGUGUUAUCAUGGUUAUGGUUAUCCCUUGAUGCUGUUCUUGGAAGAAGGAGGAGUAGUGACAGUGUGCAAAAUUAACACUCAAGAACCUGAUGAGUUGUUAGACUUUGAUUUCUGCAGAAGUAUACAUCUGGACUACCCCAGGGACUCUGAUUUGAUGGAAGCAUUCCACUGUAACCAGACCCAGACAAACAGUUACAAGAUUUCUUUGCUUAAAUCAUCUACAAAGGCACUGGCUUUAUCUUGUGAAGUGUCCAUUCGAACAGAUACUCAAGGAUUUCUUUCACUGCAGUAUAUGAUUAGGAAUGAAGAUGGACUGACCUGUUUUGUGGAAUACUAUUGUUGCCCUGAUGAGGAUAUUACUGAAGCAGAACC